CUUGUUAACUGUCGUCAGUACAGCACAUGCAUUCCAAGUGGUAAAGAUACAGUCGAAGUAGAUCUACUUUUCCGAACCACCCGCGAUCUUUAUUGUACAGUACAUGCGAUAAGUAUUUCCGCUCUCCUAAGCUUGAACAUCUCACAACUUUAGCUCAGCUACCACGCAGACAAGAUCGAGUCCUCAAGCACUAUCACAAGAUACUAGUAGUUUUGAACUAAGUAGCAGUCGAGCACCAUCUGAGUUAUCAUGGAGGUGAAACAGAUUGGCAUGAUCGGGACGGGCAGCAUGGGUGGCAUGCUCUCGCUCCUAUUCGCCGAGCACAACAUCCACACGCACUUUUACGACCCGUCAAAGCAGCAUGUCGAGCUGCUGCAAUCGCAAGCCAGGGACACCGGCCAUACUAACAAAAUCACAUACCAUGCGGACCACAAAUCCCUCUGCAACGCGCUUCAGAAUGAUGAUAACAAACCCAAGGUGUUCAUGUUCAGCAUCCCCCACGGCGGCGCCGCCGACGACAGCAUCGACGCCCUGGGCCCCUACCUCAACGCGGGCGACAUCAUCAUGGACGCGUCCAACGAGCACUGGGCAGCCACCGAGCGCCGGCAGAAGCGCCUCGCGCCAAAGGGCGUGCACUACAUUGGCAUGGGCGUCUCAGGGGGUUACCAGUCGGCACGGCACGGCCCGUCCAUCUCGCCAGGGGGCAGCGACGAAGCCCUGGAGGCCGUGUUUCCCUUUCUGCAACAGAUCGCUGCCAAGGACGGGAAUGGACGACCUUGCGUUGCGAAACUGGGGCCGGGGGGUUGCGGGCACUAUGUGAAAAUGAUCCAUAAUGGGAUCGAGCAUGGCAUGAUGACGGCGCUUUGUGAGGCGUGGGCGGUUAUGGACACGGGGCUGGGUCUGAGUUAUGACGAAAUUGGGUCUGUUUUUGAGGAAUGGAACCAAGAAGACGGGCCCAUGCGAGGCAAUUAUCUGGUUGGUAUUGGCGCCCAGAUUUGCAGGACGAGAGACUCGGAACACGGGAACGAUGGUGGUGCCGUGCUCUCCAGGAUCCGGGACAAGGUUGUCCAAGAUGCGGAUGACUCGGAGGGCACCGGGACCUGGGCUGCUGAGGAAGGGAUCAGGCUGCAUGUCCCACAUCCGACCAUUGCAGCCUCCCACAUCUUCCGAGUCGCCUCAGCCGACGCAGCCAAGCGUGCAGCUGUCAAGGGGGCGGUAGGCGGUCGCAUCUUGCCUCGCAAAAUCAGUGGCAUCACCGACCAAGCCAAAUUCAUCCGCGACUUGCGCCAGGCGGUUUACGCCUCGUUCCUCAUGUCCUUUAUGCAAGGACUGCACAUCCUGUCCAGGGCAAGCGAGCAACACGAAUGGAAUCUCGACUUUGUCAACGUCCUGCAGGUCUGGCGCCAGGGCUGUAUCAUCCAGAGCGACUUCCUUGUCGACCUGCUCGAGAGCGUGUACCGCUCAGGGCAACAAGACAACAAUAACCUCCUCGCCAACCUGACCAUAGCACAUGAGCUGCGGGAGACAUAUCCCGCGGUCAAGACGGUUGUGCUACGUGCGUUGGAGGCGGACCUCCAUGUGCCCGCCCUAAGUGCGAGUCUUGAGUUUUAUAAAUAUUCUGCUUCAACAAGUCUACCCACCAGCUUUGGUAUGUAUUGAUUCCGCAGCAGAUUUCACACUGAAACCCCAAAUGUGAUCCCUCGCUAACGAUGUAUGUCUGGUCUCCUAGAGGAGGCCGAGCUUGAUUACUUCGGCGCACAUAAUUUCGAUCUCAAGGCAGAGGAGCCCGGGAAGCCAGUGAAAGGCAGUCAUCACUUUGAAUGGAGGCCAGCGAGGGGGAUCAAGGAGGAGCAGUAAAGGAUCUAUAUAACAUCCACUAUAUGCUA